GCCCCGGAAGCUUUUGGGCCACGGACUGCCGGACCGUUGGGCAGUGAGGUAGCAUCUCAGCAAGGUGGCACCCGGAGCCAUGCCUUCACAUGGGAGGCAAGCGAAGGGGAGGAAUAGGACAAGUUGCCGUGCCAUGGGUGUGGCUCACUUAGAGCCGGCAACUUAUGAGCUGGCGGCAACUGGGUCGAAUCCCGAGAGCAGCCAUCCUGGAUACGAGGCCGCCAUGGCUGACAGGCCUCAGCCAGGAUGGCGGGAAUCUCUAAAGAUGCGGGUCAGCAAACCCUUGGGGAUGCUCAUGCUCUCCAUUUGGAUCCUGCUGUUCGUGUGCUACUGCCUGUGCUCCGGGCCCUCAUAUUUUGUGCUUCCAAAUGGAUGUAUCCUGCGAAACAGUGAAAAUGCUAAUGGCCAAUCUCUGGAAGAAGAUUCCGCAUUGGAAGCUUUGCUGAAUUUUUUCUUUCCAACAACUUGCAUUCGGGGGGAAAAUCAGGUGGUAAAGCCUUGUAAUGAGCUGCAAGAUCUUAAUGAGAGUGAAUGUUUGAGCCACAAAUGCUGUUUUUCAUCAUUGGAGACCACGAGCUUCAAAUGUUUUGCUCCAUUAAGAGAUGAGCCUAAACAGAUGAUGCGAAUGUUUUGGCUUGGUGCAAUCAGCCUGAUCAUCCUGGUAUGUCUGCCCAUUUGUUGCUGCUGUCUUUUCUGGAGGAGCGAAUGUGCCAAUUAUUUACAAACGCAGGACAACAGAGUUGUAACGGGUUCGAAGAAACAAAGAAGGAAGCGAAAGAGGAAGUCUAAAAUGUUACAGAAAGCAGCAAGAGCAUUAUUUUCCCCUCAAGACAACAGAAACCAUUCAGAGCAGAGGGGACUGUCUCAGCCAUCCAAACCUCAUGGAGCAUUUUGGAAAGUUAAAAAUUGGUUCUUAUUUUUGUCAUGUUUACUUUCAAACAUGAAAUAAAAUUGAGUUCUGUUUUCAUGCAUCAAA